AUGGGUGAUUUACCAGAGCAUCGCGUCACAUCAGCUCGCGUUUUUCUUAACUCCGGUGUUGAUUACGCAGGGCCGUUUAAAGUAAAAAUCUCUUGUAACGUAACUGGUAAAGCUCAUCUCUGUUUGCUUGUUUGCUUUGCAAUAAAAGCGGUCCAUUUAGAGCUGGUCAUGAGCGCUACUACAGAAGCAUUUUUAAACGCAUUAAAGCGAUUCAUCGCUCGGAAAGGUAAAGUUUUAAACAUUUAUUCGGAUAACGGUGCCACUUUCAUUGGUGCUAACAACGAACUUUGGGAUUUACAAAACUUGCUACGGAGCAAGGAUCCCCAAAGUAAGGUUCACAUUUUUCUAACCGACAACUCAAUAAACUGGCGUUUCAUACCAGCCUCUUCUCCCCAUAUGGGAGGUUUAUGGGAAGCUGCAGUAAAAUCUGCAAAAACUCAUUUGCGUAAGGUUAUGGGAUCUUCUUUACUAACAUUCGAAGAGUUAACUACAGUAUUUGUUCAAAUAGUGGCUUGUCUUAAUUCGCGUCCUCUCAUUCCUAUGUCCAGCGAUCCCACCGAAUUUACAGUACUCACACCAGGGCAUCUAAUUAUUUGCGAAUCACUGACCUGUAUUCCUGAGGACGACCUUAGAGAGGUUCCAGAAAAUCGAUUAACAAGAUUCCAACACCUUAUCCAAAUUAAGCAACAUUUUUGGUCUAAAUGGUCACAAGAUUAUUUGACACACCUUCAACAUCGAUCAAAAUGGACUUCUGUUCAAAGUCAACGCAUCAAGCCUGGUACUAUGGUUGUUCUACAAGAUAAGGAUCUUCCUCCAAUGAAGUGGCAUUUAGGAAGAGUAAUAGAAAUGCAUCAGGGAAAGGAUGGACUUACGCGAGUCGUUUCUGUCCAAACAAAACAUGAUGUUACCAAAAGAGCUUUGAAUAAGAUUUGA